UCAGUAGCUUAGCCAACAAAAAACGGCGCCAUUUUUGCUUUAAAUUGUUUACUCCUCUCCAUUGUCCUAUGUUCAAUCAAGAUUCAUUCAACCAUUCAACUACAAAACCAAAAGACCUUAAAAAAACACUAAUAACAAUUUAAACAAACACAAGCACACAAGUAAUGCUUCUCAAAUGUUUCGUUCUUCCCUCCUCAAACCCACUUUCCCCUCACGAACCUUCCACUCUUCUCUUCCCCUUCAAUGGAAGCUUCGAGAAGAAACCACCAACCUCCCCCAACCCCACCUCAUCGACCGCAUCUCCCGCCUCUUAAUCCUCAACCGUCCCCACUCCCUCCAAAACCUCACCUUCAAAUUCUCCGACAACCUCACCGACUCCCUCCUCCGCCGCCUCCGCCACAACCCCUCCGCAUGCCUCUCCUUCUUCAACCUCGCAACUAAUCACUCCCAUUACCGUCCUAAUUCCCUAUCAUACUCCAUCCUCCUCCAUAUCCUCGCUCGCGCUCGCAUGUUCACAGAAACCACCUCUCUUCUUAACCAACUCCUUGAUCUUCAUUGUACUAACAACUACCGUGCAUAUGCUGUUUGUAACUAUGUGUUUGCCGUUUAUAAAGAGUUUGGAUUUUCUCUUGUAGUUUUUGAUAUGUUGCUUAGGGGGUUUGCGGAGAAAGGGAUGACGAAACAUGCACUCUACGUGUUCGAUGAAAUGACAAGGCUUGGGAGAGUGCCUGGUUUAAGGUCUUGUAGUUUCUUGUUGGCUAAGUUAGUUAGUAAGGGAGAAGGGAGUACUGCGGUUAUGGUUUUUGAUCAGGUUGUGAGGAUUGGGAUUGUGCCGGAUGUUUAUAUGUGUAGUAUUGUUGUGAACGCGCAUUGUCAGGUUGGGAGAGUGGAUGUUGCGAUGGGAUUUUUGGAGGAUAAGGUGAAAGAGGGAUUGGAGGUUAAUGUUGUUGCUUACAAUGGUUUGAUUAAUGGGUGUGUUAGAAAAGAGGAUUUUGAAGGAGUUGACAGGGUGUUGAGAUUGAUGUCUGAGAGAGGGGUUUCGCGGAAUGUGGCUACUUGUACUAUGUUGAUUAGGGGUUAUUGUAAGAAGGGGAAGAUGGAUGAGGCGGAGAAGUUGAUGAGGGAAGUGGAGGAGGAUGAGUUGUUGGUUGUUGAUGAGCGGGUUUAUGGUGUGCUGGUGGAUGGUUAUUGUCAAAUGGGGAGAAUGGAGGAUGCUGUUAGGAUUCGAGAUGAGAUGUUGAGGGUUGGAUUGAAGAUGAAUAGGGUUAUAUGUAACACGUUGGUUAGAGGAUAUUGCAAGAGUGGACAGGUUUGUGAAGCUGAGCGAGUGUUUAUGGGGAUGGUAGAUUGGAAUUUGAGGCCGGAUUGUUAUAGCUAUAACACACUGUUGGAUGGAUAUUGUAGAGAAGGGAAAAUGAACAAGGCUUUUAUGCUUUGUGAGGAGAUGUUAGGGGAAGGGAUAACUCCAUCGGUUGUGACGUAUAAUACUGUUAUUAAGGGAUUGGUUCAUGUGGGUUCCUAUGAUGAUGCUUUGCACCUUUGGCGUUUGAUGGUAGACAGAGGUGUGGCUCCGAAUGAGGUCAGCUGUUGUACUAUGCUUGAUUGCCUUUUCAAGAUGGGAGAUUCUAACCGGGCCAUGAUGCUUUGGAAAGAAAUUUUAGGUAGGGGCUUUACUAAGAGCGCAGUUCCAUUCAAUAUAAUGAUUAGUGGUUUGUGUAAGAUGGGGAAAGUGAUUGAAGCAGAGGCUGUUUUUGAUAGGAUGAAGGAGCUUGGAUUGUCUCCUGAUGAAAUAACAUAUAGGACUCUGAGCGAUGCAUAUUGCAAAAAUGGAAAUGUUCAGGAAGCUUUAAGAACUAAAGGUGUGAUGGAAAGACAAGCAAUGUUACCUUCCAUUGAAAUGUACAAUUCCCUUAUUAAUGGACUUUUUAAGGUUAGGAAGUCAAAUGAUGUUACGGAUCUACUUGUUGAGAUGCAAACAAGAGGAUUAUCACCAAAUGUUGUUACCUAUGGAACCCUUAUUUCUGGUUGGUGCAAUGAACAGAAAUUGGACAAAGCUUUUAAUUUAUAUUUUGAGAUGAUAGAAAGAGGGCUCAUUCCCAACUUGGUGGUCUGUAGCAAAAUUGUUAGCAGCCUUUAUCGAGAUGGUAGAAUCAAUGAAGCUACUGUGAUCCUAGACAAGAUGGUGGAUUUCGAUCUUCUUACAGUUCAUAAUAAAUGUUCUGAUAAUUCCGUAAAAAACGAUACAACUUUAGUAGCUCAGAAAAUUGUUGAUUCGCUUGAUAAAAGUGCUAUAUGUAAUUCUCUUCCAAAUAGUAUUGUGUACAACAUAGCUAUAGAUGGACUUUGCAAGUCAGGAAAACUUGAUGAAGCAAGAAGUGUUCUGUCAGUUUUGAUGUCUAGAGGUUUUCUUCCAGAUAAGUUCACAUAUUGUGCAUUAAUUCAUGCCUGUUCAGCUUCUGGCAAUGUGGACGAAGCUUUCAAGUUAAGGGAUGAGAUGCUGGAGAGAGGUGUUAUUCCAAAUAUUACUACAUACAAUGCAUUAAUAAAUGGUUUGUGCAAAUUAGGAAAUAUUGAUCGAGCACAAAGACUUUUCUAUAAACUUCGUCAAAAGGGGUUGGUUCCUAAUGCUGUCACCUACAAUACAUUAAUCAGUUGUUACUGUAGAAUUGGUGAUCUUGAUAAAGCCUCUAAAUUGAGAGAGAAGAUGGCAGAAGAAGGAAUUUCUACUCGCACUCUGCCUUGAUCAAUGGUUGUUUUGGAAGGACAGAGGACUAGAAAUUUUUGGAUCAAUUUAUUGAUACCUAUAAACUUUGCUAUAAGCGAAAUUGGACAGGUGGCUAAACAAUUUGUUACAGCACACCUGCAGCACAAAUUUUGCAAUAUGCAACAAUUUCGUACGAAAUCCACCAUAGAAAAAGUAAUUUCUUUGUACGAAUUUAUAGAUCGGAAAUGGUCAAAUCCUCCUGCAUAUUCAGCCAUAAGCACCGAUACACCAUACUUGAAAAUUUCAGAGUUUCAUUCAUUGUUAAUGAAGCACUGCUUCAUAAACCUUUUCACUUUUGAUCACUGGGAAGCCACACAUGUUAGAAGGAAAUAUAUCGAAGAAGCUAGAUGGUAUUGAUCAAGCUGUGACUUGCGUUAUAGUUGGAGGCAGAGUAUUUUGAGAGACAUUGUAUCGAUUAGAAAGGGAAAAAUACGUCAUUUCUAGAGAAAGCGUUGUAUUUUGGAAGAAUGAAGCGAUAGGUCAAUGACCCUUCAGGCCUUUGCAAUAUCUUGAAGACAUAAAGCAUCUGCAUCCUAGAUUCUUUCUUAAAUGAAGUCAUACUGGAAGUGCUACAGAUUCAGGAAACAAACAGGUAGAGUUAUGAUAGAAUUCAGCUAAGUUUAUGGGUGGUUGUUAGAUAAUAGAAAAUGUAAGAACAACUCAUCCAUCAUAGUCAGUUAGCAACACCAAUGACUUUCCACUCAUGAAAAUUGCAUGAUAUGAAUUCAAAUCUGAGAAUCCUCCAUUGCUGGGAAAUUGUACUUACGUUGUAAAUUAUCACUGACUGGUAGUUUGCUCUAACCUUAGAAUGGGGAGAACUUCCCUCACCUUAAUCAUUUCCUUUUAUCCAAAAACAUUCCUUGUCAUUUGCUCUGCAGUUAUUAGAAUUUGAGGCUGAACCACUCAGUUAGCUUUGCCGUUGAAGUGGUUUUUUCUCAUUAAUCAUUUAUUACUGUUUUGACUUGUUAAAUAAAAUUUCAUUUUUAUAGUACCAUUGCACAAAUAUUAUGAUUAUAAUUGUUACUACUACUGUUACUAUUUAUUACCACUAAAACACUACUAUUUAUAAAGAUUAGGAGACUGCUAUUUUGUUUUAUGAUCAGGUUCUUAAUAUUGUAACAAUUGUGUGCCGUGGCAAAUCAUGCUGUUAUUAUUUUGAAGGCCCGGUAAUAAAAGGGAGCAUUUGUCUUGACAAAAAAAAGUGAGCAUUUGUUGGUGCCUCUAUAUUUUUUCUUGAUAAUAAAAACUUGUGUGUCAUAUACCUGCUGCCCAUAUCUUCAGUUGAGUUUUUCCCCCCUAUGAUUUUAACAUGAUGACUUAGAAUGGCUGUGCUGUGAACAAUACAUUUGUUUGAAGUAAUAUUGUCUAUUGACGUUUUUGUACUGCCAAGGGCUCUUUCUGUACUAUGUUAUUAUUUGGCGUGAUUAGGAUGAAAUGAAACAUUCAUAUUUGCAUAUUUUCUCGUGCAUCCUGUUCGUUGGACUUGUUUGCUUAACAGAAAUGGAAACUGGGUUGACUUUUUAAUGUUGUUUCUGUGCAUCCCCUGUGGCAUGCAGCACAUUUAUGGAUGUAAGUCUGUAACAGAAUUAGUGGUUCUUGCUCUUGCAUCAAAAUGGAGCUUUUAAGGCAUGUGUGAAUCGGUGGACUAAUUUUCUUGAUAAAAUAUGCGAGAGCCGAGACAUUGUUACCCAGUCUCUUUAUGUUCUUUUUGUUGCCUUCAGGGUUUGCAAUGCUCUCUACCAAGAUAUAUUUGGUCCAAGUAUUGUAUCAAUCAUAGCAUAUUAAGGAUGGGUUACUUUGCUGCUGGUUACUGGACUAAAUUAAGGUGCCUUAUUUUCCAUUUUAUAUCCUUAUGAUUCUGAAUUAAGUUUAGUUUAUGGAGUAAGCAUCCAUGUUAGUUUAUUUUCUUGUCUUUCUUUUUUGAUAUUACGGGUUGGACUAAGUAAGCUCUACACUUUAAUUCUGCUGUCAUGUACCAUGAUCAGUUCCCCUUAUCCUCAAGCAAGGGCUGCGAGUUGUCUUCUGCCUUUUACUCUGGUUAAUUUCAUAUUGAUUUUCCUUGCUGUGUUAUUUAGUCUUUCAAAUGAUUUCUGAUAGAUGUUGUUUAUGGUUUGUCUGUUGAUGAGGUUUAUUCAGAUUAUGAAAAUCCAAUUCAUUGGCUUCUUUUUCAAUUCCAAUCUUAUGAAGAUACUAAUUGUAAGUAUUUGUUGUGUGCUUUCAGUUCAUGUCUGUGACCAUCAGUUUUCUUGCAUAAAUCUUUAACUGUCAUUUUAGCAAUUAAUAUCGGAGUAUGAUAAAAUGGCCUCUUCUAUCUUGAACUGUGACUGUGACAGUGACAUGACAAGUUUUAAAGCCUUCUGGUUUUUUGUAAAAAUUAAUGCAAGUGCUGAACCGAAAGCCUUUCAGCAUAUAUCCCUCACUUGUAGCCAGUGAGUUAUAUAUGUUGAAUCUGAUGCUUUUUUUUUCUUUAUAUUUGUUUUUGCAUUACUGAAAAUAUAUGUUAUUUUCUAUUAUGGGUCAUACUACAGGUCAUGGACUGGACCAAAAGAUUGCACCAAAUUCUAAUUCUCUAUUCUAUUUAGACCACUAACACCUGAAAGGGGAAAAACAUAGUACUAGAAGAGAACCUAAGGGGCUAAAGGAUUAUGCAUGAGCAGGAAAAUGGUUAUCUCACCUGGAGAGUCUAGAGCACCUCCUUUCAGUUAGAACACUCCUCAAUUUAAGAGACACCUCACCUUUCCGAUAGUCUUUGUUUUUUAUCCUGCUAGCUUUGUAUUUGGCUUACUGCCAGAUAGCAAGAGAUCCUAGCAGUAGCAAGGGAAUAAGACAUCACAAGUUCCACUAACUGCAUAUCGCUUACUUCACAAGUUCUCAAACUUAAGUUGAAUUUGACUCAUCUCUUGUAAAAUUGGGAGUAUCUUGUCAUAUUUCAUUUCUCCUUGAAAGCGGAAAUGAAAUAUUAAGGGGUUGAUUAAGGCUUGAACUACAUAGUAGGUAUCCUCGUUUUAAUUAUACAUUAUAGUUUUUCACUCUUUACUCCAUCUGACGAAUUUCUUGAAAUAAUAUUUAAUUUUUAAUGAUAGAAGAUUUUGUUGGGCUGCGGUUGUUUUGUUUUAGAGUAUUUUAAUGAAGACACAUGUUAAAGAACUAAAUAUAGAAAUACUGUCUCAAAUGUGGUAUAUUUAAUUCCUUUAAGGUUUAAAUAUUGUUCUUUUCAAUAAAUAACCUAAUAAUCAUAUCUAAAACUACGCCACUAUAGAUAUAGAUAGAUCACUAAUUGUAUUUGCAGGACUGAAUAACCCGUGAACAAUAUUCUUAUGCGGAUUUAGAACAUGAAUAAUGGAAGACAUGAAAUCCAAAAAUGGAAAAAUCCCAUGUUGGUGUAUUCUCUUCAAAUUUGAUGAGGUGAUGGAAAUGGGACCUGAAACUAACUUUUGGAGAUAGGCUGGCUCAAAAGCUGAUUGUAGUAACUUUGAUAAUUGGUGGGGGUCGUCUUAAAGAGAAUCACAAUUUUGUGCCUCCCAGCUGGUUUGUGUUGGUCACUCACUCUGGCUUAUCCUCUCUGCCUACAUGUAACAGGUUGAAAUUCUUCUAUUCUAUUACCAUACAUGUACGGUUUAACUUUCUGUUACACAUUGUUAGUAGCUAGUAUUAAGUCAGGGAUUGGGAGUUUCUGCAGUUGGGAAAUUUUGCAAUGCAGAGGAUUCCUAUUCAUUAAGCUAGUUUGGUUGAGAUUUGUCUCAAUGCAAACUUUUCUGAUUAAGUUUCUAUUUAUACAUCCUAGGAUACUGUUUUUUAUUAUUAAAACGAGUUUUUCUUGCUGAAAAUGGAAUUGUUUUUGAAGCAUAUCAAAUUCUAAAACAGUUGCUUUUGUUGGAGAUGAUUGUAACUACAAGACUGGGGUGUAUGCGUCACACACUACAUAUAUCAUAAUAUGUUCGGUAAAACUAUUGGUCCAUUAGUUUAUUUUCUUUCUUAUAUUUUUAGAAAAUUUCUUUGCCAACCUCCCAACCUUUUAGUUCACCUCUGGUGAAAAACCCAAACUACCCCUGACUUCGGAAAUGAACUUCCGAACUGCAUGAAAAAGGUGUUUUCGGAAGUUCAUCUCCGAAAGCGCCUUUUUUUAAAAAAAAUUGUCUUAUUUCGGAAGUUCAUUUCCGAAACCACAAUUUCGGAAAUGAACAUCCGAAAUAAGACACGUUCUGCAGAUUAAGCAGAACACUCCCCCUCCCCCAUUCAUUUACCCUAAUCCAACAUCAAACAACACCAAAGGCGAAAUUUUGUUAAAAGACUUCCAAGGCAACAUCAAAGGCUCCUGAAGGAUAGAAAAACACUUAGAAAGGGGGGGUUUGAAUAAGUGUAGCUUUAAAAACUUGACAGAUAAAAAUAAAUUGCACAGUUAUUUUUAUCCUGGUUCGUUGUUAACUAAACUACUCCAGUCCACCCCCGCAGAGAUGAUUUACCUCAACUGAGGAUUUAAUCCACUAAUCGCAUGGAUUACAAUGGUUCUCCACUUAGUCAGCAACUAAGUCUUCCAGAGUCUUCUGAUCACACACUGAUCACUCCAGGAACAACUGCUUAGAUACCCUCUAAGACUUUCUAGAGUAUUCUGAUCCACACGAUCACUCUAGUUACAACCUGCUUAGAUAACCUCUAAGACUUCCUAGAGUAUUCUGAUCCACACGAUCACUCUAGUUCCUUACAACUUAAUGUAAUCAAUUCUAAGAGUAUUACAAUUGCUUCUUAAAAGCUAUAAUCACAAACUGUGAUAUUUCUCUUAACGUUUAAGCUUAAUCUCACUAAUAUAUUACAACAGCAAUGUAGUGAGCUUUGAUGAAGAUGAAGAUUCUGAGCUUUGAGUAGAACAGAGUUUCAGCAAGUUAAUAUGAGUUGUUUUUGUGCAGAAUCGUUAACCUUGCUUCUCAUCAGAACUUCAUAUUUAUAGGCGUUGGAGAAGAUGACCGUUGAGUGCAUUUAAUGCUUUGCGUGUUCCGUACAGCAUCGCAUUUAAUGUUAUACGCUUUUGUCAACUACCUCGAGCCUUGUUCACGCUGUGUCUACUGACGUAGCCUGUAAUAGCUUUUAACGUUCCUUUUGUCAGUCAGCGUAGCUUGCCACUUGUACUUCCUUCUGAUCUGAUGUUUGUGAAUACAACGUUUGAAUAUCAUCAGAGUCAAACAGCUUGGUGCAAAGCAUCUUCUGAUCUUCUGACCUUGAAGUGCUUCUGAGCGUGAUACCAUCAGGACUUCAGUGCUUCUGAUCUCAUGUUCUUCUGAUGCUUCCAUAGACCCAUGUUCUGAUUCUGCUUCGACCAUCUUCUGAUGUCUUGCCAGACCAUGUUCUGAUGUUGCAUACUGAACCCUUUGAGACAAAGCUUCUGAGCGCUGAAUUAUGCAUACUCUUUAUAUAUUUCCUGAAAAGGAAGUUGCAUUGGAUUAGAGUACCAUAUUAUCUUAAGCAAAAUUCAUAUUAUUGUUAUCAUCAAAACUAAGAUAAUUGAUCAGAACAAAUCUUGUUCUAACAAUCUCCCCCUUUUUGAUGAUGACAAAAACAUAUAUAAAUGAUAUGAAUUUGCGAUCAGAAAGAGCAGACGGCAAAAGACAAAUUACACAGCUAUAGCAUAAGCAUAUGAAUAUGUCUCCCCCUGAGAUUAACAAUCUCCCCCUGAGAUAAAUAAUCUCCCCCUGAAAUAAAUACUCGAAGAACUUUAAUAAAAGACUUCCCUGAUUAUUUCGGUAGAGACGAUCACAUAAGCUUCUGUCUUCAGAGAAUUCAUAGCUUCUGACUUCUGCUUCCAUUGGACAGCUUCAGAACUAGAAUUUCCUUAGAUCCCUAGAACACUCACAGCUUCUGAUUCCU